AGGAUUUUACCCAAACCAAUCAGUGGUGCGGUGUCGAUGACGUCACAGCCAAUGGCCCGCCAGCGCGGGACUUUCAAUUGUUGUCCCGCCCAAUGGGGAAAAGACUGUGCCUAUAAAGACCGCUGCCUGGGCCCGCACCUCGUUAGUCUUCCAGAAUCUGCACUGCAGCUCGUGGUUUGGUCCGCUAUGGCCCGCACAAAGCAGACCGCCCGCAAGUCGACCGGUGGCAAGGCACCGCGGAAGCAGCUGGCCACCAAGGCGGCCCGCAAGAGCGCGCCGGCCACGGGCGGCGUGAAGAAGCCGCACCGCUACCGGCCGGGCACUGUGGCCCUGCGGGAGAUCCGGCGCUACCAGAAGUCUACCGAGCUGCUGAUCCGCAAGCUGCCCUUCCAGAGGCUGGUGCGCGAGAUCGCGCAGGACUUCAAGACGGACCUGCGUUUCCAGAGUUCCGCCGUGAUGGCGCUGCAGGAGGCGAGCGAGGCCUACCUGGUAGGGCUGUUCGAAGACACAAACCUGUGCGCCAUCCACGCCAAGCGCGUGACCAUCAUGCCCAAAGAUAUACAGCUGGCCCGCCGCAUCCGCGGGGAGCGGGCUUAGAAAGUACGCUCUCGCCUCGAGGUUCCAUCAUAUCCAAAGGCUCUUUUCAGAGCCACCCACAAGCAGCACUUGGAAGAAGCUGUGCCUACUCGCCCUGUGUGUGCCCUUAGAGCGUACUGCCUUAAUGCGCCGGGAGGGGAGGGCAUUAGAGCGGGAGGUAAAACGUUGGGCUGUCAGCAGAUAAGGCCAAAGGCCAGGCGUCAGGUCUAGGCCCCCACCCCCUCACCCCCCCGUCUUGCUCAGCCGCUGUGGGGUCUGCUCUGACCUUUGCGCAGAGGUUCGGUCAGCCGCUCGCGUAAACUGGACUGCCGGGGCCGCCGCGCCGCCGCUCUUCCUGGGCACCUGGAUUCGCCGCCUUUCGAGGCGGCUGUGAUCCGGCCCUCCCGCCGCAGCGGGCUCGCGCGCUUCCGUGGUCGGGCGCUUUUUUGCACUGGACGGUGACCCCAAAUUGCAAACUCACGGCAGGGCCGGCAGGAGCCUCGGUGUCGACGGUGUGCUGAGACCCGGAGGAGUCACUAGGGGACGCUCGGCCUGGCCUCAGCGACGCAGAGCUGCGCGCCCGCGACCUCCAGCCCCAUCCCGAGCGGCUCCCCUGCUGGGAAGGGGAGAUCGCCGCCUUCCUGUCGCCGGGUUUCGGCCGGUUCAAGUUCGGGAUUUCUGCGCUCGGGUGUCGGUGAUUACCCCGCUUCUCUGGCCGUUUAGGAUAUCACUGCCUACUCGGCUCCUAGGCAAAACCCGGCGGGGAGGGCGUGUGGGUUAAAAUUGUAUUUCCAGAGUAUCUCGCCUGGCUUUAGUACACCUGCACAUCAGUAGGUGUUCAAAGGUGGAAAGAAGUACGGCUUUACAGCGUUUGCAUCAUUCCUUAGGGGUGGAGAGAAGUUCUCCAUUUCGCUGUACGCGAAAGGGGAGGGGAGGGCCGGUUUUGCUUCUGCUGGAGCAGGAAAGCGUGAAGGGCCCCCGGACUGCGCUUUGUAAGCAAGAAACGGAUUUUUUAACUUUA